AUGGGCCUGUUUUCUCGUAAAGACAAGACGCCAAAGGGCGACCAGGCCAUCAACACCUCCCAAUCCAAUGUGAGCGUAAACUCGCAUUCUUCGAGCUUGAGAUCUCCUGCUCCUGGCGCCAAUCGCAACCCCCUCAAUCGAACUUCAGCUACCAGUACAUCCCCCGGUGGCCCAAUGUCUCCAGUCAAACUCCCAAAGAUCGAUCUGCCUCGACCUCCGGACCCUCAGCUCGAUCCUGCUGGUUACUUGCGAAGUCUUGGUGCUGUGAGAGAGCGAAGCAAGAUUGUCACUGACAAGGCGCUGCGCAAUGAGUUGAAGCAUUUCGAUGUGGAUAUGAGCAAGUUUCCUGAUGUGGUUACUUUUGUUACAGGAAUUAUCAAGCGAGACUAUGAUGCCCCAUUCCUCAGCAUCCCCGGCCAUGGCAGAUACCAGCACUUUGCUGUUGGAGGUCGAGAUCGCAUUGCCCAGCUUCUUUCCACCUGGCCCACCAAUGUGGAUAACACAGAGCGAUGCCGACGUUUGAUCGACCUUUUCCUAGUCAGCGUUCUUCUAGAUGCGGGCGCUGGCACUUCCUGGCAAUACAAGAGUAAUGAGAAUGGUCGCGUGUACAGAAGAUCAGAGGGUAUUGCAGUUGCCAGCUUGGAGAUGUUCAAGAGUGGAUUGUUUUCUGGAAACCCCAACAACAAAUUCCAGGUCGACAAGGAUGGUCUCAAGAAUCUCACUGUCGAGAAGCUCGCUGCUGGUCUUCAAUCAAAACCUGGCAAUGAAAUGGCUGGUAUUCAGGGUCGCACCGAUCUUCUGGUCCGCCUUGGAGAAGCUUUAGCCGCUAAGGACGAUUUCUGGGGCUUUGAGGGUCGCCCUGGAUGCUUAAUCGACCAUCUCCUCGGCCACCCCUCAACACAAGCUUCGUCCAUGCUUAUCGUUCCCCUGCCCGUCCUGUGGAACGUCCUAAUGACCGGUCUCGCUCCCAUCUGGCCCGCAAACCGAACCGCGAUCAACGGUGUCUCUCUCGGCGACGCUUGGCCCUGCCAGGCUAUGCCUCAACCUGGCGCAUCUCCCAAGGUUUCCGCUUUCCCCAACAGCUCAAACGCCGCUGCUUGGGAGUCUAUUCUUCCUUUCCACAAGCUCACCCAAUGGCUCACCUACUCGCUCAUGCAACCGAUGCAACAACUCCUCAAGAUGCACUUUGCCGGAACAGAAUUGCUCACUGGUCUGCCCGAGUACCGAAAUGGUGGUCUCUUCGUCGAUAUGGGUGUCUUGAACUUGAGGAAGGAUGAUGCGGAGAGGGGUCUUCAGAACUACAACGAGUGGGUGCAACGGACAGGCGCCAAGGGUGUCGAGGUGGCACCCAUGUUUGAGCCCAGCGACGAUGUCAUCGUUGAGUGGAGAGGUGUCACAGUCGGGUUCCUCGAUAUGCUGUGUGUCGAGGUUAACAAGGCACUGAAGCCAGAGCUGGGUGGAAAUGAAUUGACUUUGGCACAGUUGCUAGAGGCUGGUAGCUGGAGGGGCGGCCGUGAGAUUGCCGAGAUCAACAGACCUAAUACCAAAGAGCCCCCGAUCCUUAUCGAGAGCGACGGCACCGUAUUCUAA